UUCCAGCCAAUCGCAGGCGACACCAAGCGCGCAGACAGUAUUCAGGAAAGAAAACUGACAACGUACACAUCAUGUGUACACAUCAAAAUCACAAAACAAACGAAGAUGUAAGGUGCGCAACGUCAUGCGAAUGAGACGCAGUGGGGAAACGGAGAAUCCGCAAGCGCUUCCAUCGCUGUGGGAGGAAGCAAAAAAAACAUCCGUACGCACUUUUCUAAUACCAUUUCCCCUCAUCCGGCGGAGCGGCGUGACUGCGACCCACUGAGACGGGACGGCGCUCGGUCAUGUCUGGCUCGUCGGGGCCGAAGCGGGGUGCGUCCGCGCGGCUGCGGAAGUGCGCCUUCUGCAGGAGCAACCGGGACAAGGAAUGCGGCCAGCUGCUAGUGUCGGACAACCAGAAGGUGGCAGCUCACCACAAGUGCAUGCUCUUCUCUUCUGCCUUGGUCACCUCUCACUCAGAGAGCGAGAACAUCGGGGGCUUCUCCGUGGAGGACGUCAAGAAGGAGAUCAAGAGGGGCAACAAGCUGAUGUGUUCCUCCUGCCACCGCCCUGGUGCCACCAUCGGCUGCGAUGUGAAGACUUGCAGGAGAACGUACCACUUCUACUGCGCCCUGUGGGACAAGGCGCAGGUGAAGGAAAACCCAUCACAGGGCAUCUACCUUGUCUACUGUCGUAAGCACCGUGAUGCCACACAGGACUCCAGUGAAGACGAGCUUGCGGGUGCCGCCAACGACUCAGACUCAUCUCCCCCAAGGGGCCGGGGCCGGGGGCGGUUAGAGAGGGGGCGGAUCAAGGUGGGUGGCCACAGCCAGUCGGAAGACACCCGCUCGACCUCGUCGCACGGCGCAGACGACGCAGAGAGCACCACACACCGAGACCGCUCCCCUCUGCGUGGCAGCCUCGGUGACUCCGGCCUGCGCUGCGGAUUCUGCCAUGCCGGCGAGGACGAGAACGAGACCCGCGGCGUGCUGCACGUCGACAACGGCAAGAAGGUGGCAGCGCAUUACAAGUGCAUGUUGUUUUCAUCCGGGACCGUCCAGCUUACCACCACCUCGCGUGCUGAAUUUGGGAACUUUGACGUCAAAACGGUCAUCCAGGAGAUCAAGAGGGGGAAGAGAAUGAAAUGCACCCUGUGCAGCCAGCUGGGGGCCACCAUUGGAUGUGAGAUUAAGGCCUGUGUGAAGACCUACCACUACCACUGUGGUGUAGAGGACAAGGCCAAGUAUAUAGAGAACAUGGCCAGGGGCAUCUACAAGCUGUACUGCAAGAACCACAGCGGCAACGAGGAGCGGGACGAAGAAGACGAGGAGAGGGAGUCCCGCAGCCGAGAGAAGGCUGACAUGGAGCGGGCCGGCAGCCGAGUCCCACCCCCACCGCAGGUCAAUGGCAACUAGAUGGCAGAGUAAGAAAACAAAAAGCAUAUGACACCCUGGGAACAAAAGGUGGAAAAGAUGAGAUAUUUUUGUAUGUGGUAUGCUAGCAAAAUAUGGGGCCUGUUAUUUCUCAGUUUGGGUUCGCCCCCCUACCCCCAUGAGGAUGCACAAGUUACCCACCUCCCCCCCCCACCCCACACACACAACUUUCCCUGCCCCAGACAGACUGUCAGACACGCUCAUGCCCUCUCGCCCUUGCCAUCUCCACCGACCUUUUUCUGUGCCCGGGAGCACCUCAGUGAGCUCGUUUCAUACUUAUUAAGAAGAGAGAGAUCGGAUAAACGGAGCCGCUUUGCAGAUGAGGACUGGACGUGGGGAAACCGGAGGCUGGCGCGUCCAAGGGACGCCCCUCGGAGCCAUUGAUGUGGGCAAACCGCAGAGUCAUUCUGCAGGUGACCAGACUGAUUAGAGACAUCGAUUCUAACACUCCUGUGUUCCACACAUUUCAGAAAAAGUCACACGACAACACCAGCCUUUAUUUACGAAGAAACCAAGAUCUUUCCUGGAGUCCAUGAUAAGGAUGCUGCCUUUCUAUGUUUUCUUCAAAAUUACAAAAUCAAUUCUCGCACUCAUUCUAUUUUUUUUUUUUUUUUUUUUUUAGGAAGGUGUCCUUUUGUGAGAUUUUUUUCCUCCCCUCUUGAACUGUGUAUUAUAUUUUAAUACUGUAUUGCUAUCAUGAUUGUAAUUGAAAAUAUGUGGCUUUCUUUGUAUUCAGAGUCAGGAUUAAAAGACCUCUGGUAGCAUGA